AUGACGCCGCCUCAAGAUGCCACGCCGAAACCCCCAAAGUACCCAGCCGACCCGGAGGCUUCCAUGAUACUGCCCAAACACCGCGCCUCGCCUGUAUCCUCUCUCUCCAGCCUCCCCUACCGCCGCUCCAACCCCAGCCUGUCCAAGCUCUUCGAGUCAACAACCACAAUCUCCACGUCGCGCCCCAAUUCUGGUGCCGCAACGCCUACUCCGAGUCACCCUCAGGGCUCCGUCUUCUCCCCGGGAUCGCGGCUCAGCGGCACAGGCACGCCGAGCAGCCUACCGCCAGGCGUGUCAGAUGAGUACCGGAUGCUGAUCCAGAGGGCCUUUGUGCCAUGUGUCGCUGUCCUUGCGGAUGCGCAGACGGAGGACCUGAUACAGUCAAAGGGGCUGGAGGGGGGCCUGUUGCAGUUGCUACGACCAUUCGGGGAAUCGGUACCCGGUAAGGUAACCAUAAGAGAUAGUAACGGGGCAAGCAAGAGCUGGGAGGACUUUGGUGUGCGCUUCAUUGGCGUCGACGAUGCAUAUCCAGACCUGCGUGUUGGGACCGGCGGGCAGAGAACACCGUCAGGCCCCGCACCACGAGUGAGGCGCUCAGGGGGUGAUGUCUCACAGAUUGAAGAGCUGGUAGAUCGCCAUCUGCAAUACUCUGAAUUCAAUAGGCAAGAUGCUGUGUCCGACUUCAUGAACCAGGGCGAGGCGUCAGGACCACCCAUAGAUAGUACAUCAUCGCCUUUCUACACGCUUUACCUACGGCGAUUACUAUCAGGACUGCCAGUCGUACCGCAUGAGACCUUUUCGCAUCCUGUGGCAGGUAUAAUAGCAAUCAGUUCGCGCAACCCACAUCCGAUAGAAGAGCUACGGAGACUGUACAACCGGCAGCACGAUGGAGACCUCCGGUUUCCGCAAUGGGUGGAAAACGACUUUUUACGCUACUACGUUUUAAUACACGACGAAGAAACUGGAGACAUUGCAAAGUCGAACCAGACUUUUGAUUCGAUGAAGCGACAUUUUGGACUACACUGCCAUUUACUGCGGCUCAAGAGCCAGCAGUGCAUAGCGUCAGACGACGAUAGCGUACGCUUGCCGACUUGCGAGUGGAUGUCUGCUUCGGAAGAACUGGCGGAGAUUCAAAAAAGAGAAACCACAGACGACAUCACAGACCCAACACCCUACUUUCCCGAGUCUGAUAUCAGUAGUCUCCGUACCUUUAUCCGCGAAUUAGUCACGCAGUCAAUAAUACCCAACAUGGAGCGCAGCGUCGCCACCUGGAACGAGCAAAUCCUGUCCCGACGCCGCGGUCUCUCAGGCCGCUUCAUGUCUCUCUCCAAACGCUGGACGCCCUUUGGCGGCUCACGCACCAGCGGCUCAUCAUCAGCAACAUCUGGAAACUCAAACUACGACAGCCUCCAAGGCUUCUACCGCCCAGACGCUCCCGAAGCCAUCAUGCGGCGUCUAGCAGACUACUGCUUCAUGCUGCGAGACUGGAAGCUAGCACUCAGCACCUACGACAUCCUCCGUACCGAUUUCCAAAACGACAAAGCAUGGCGCCACUACGCCGGCGCCGCCGAAAUGGCCGCCCUCUCCGCUCUCAUGUCGCCUACCCCUCUGUCUGCCAAAUCCCGCGCCGAAAACAUUGACGCGUGGAUCGAAGCAGCAUCCUACUCGUACACGGACCGCCAGCGCAGCGCAGCUCCCUACUACGCACUCCGCACCCUCGCCCUCUCGUUGGAGCUCCUCCGCCUCCGCGGCGCCGCCGCCGCAGACGACGCCGCCCGCUGGGCAACCCGCAUCUUGGAAACGGGCCUCGUCGGCCCCGUCGGCCACGCCCUCGUCACUGAGCGCAUCUCGGCCUGCCACGCCAUCCGCACGGGAAUCGGCGCCUACAAACUGGGCUCGCGCCGCAGGAAAGCUGCCCUCUGGUCCGUUCUCGCGGCCCAAGACUGGUAUCGCCUCGAGAAAUCGCAGCAGGCCGAGCGUGCCCUCGAUACCGCGCUCAGACUGUACAAUACGACGGCGGAGAAUGCAGAGGGUGGUGCGACGGCUUUGCCGUAUGGCGAUAUGCAGCGGUUUGUGGAUGAGUUGCGGCAGCAGAUUAUGGGCCUGAGGCUCACCAAUCAGGGGUUUGGCGGGCAGCUGGGUGAGGGCGAGGACGAGCGGAGACGCGGGAUGCAGAGUCCCGAGGUGGAAGAGGUGGCCGAGACGCUGGAUGCGAGUCCGAGGUUGCAUAGGAAGAGCCUGAUAGGGCAAAAGGCGCCACCGCCGAUUGAUCUGGGGCCAUCGUUGGAGAGGUCGCAGAGCGAGGUGGAUGCUAAAGGGGAGGGAUUUGAGUAG